CUGUGCACACUCUGUUCCCACCUUCUUAUUAGAAAAACCAACUCAGGUUAGAGCUGCCGUUACUGCAGCACGUCGACGUUGGGCACAUUUACAUGCUAACGGCUAAGCUAACUCACACCCGGCUGAUAACGAGCAGCCAGGAAAGAAAAGCUAGCGUUAGCUUAGCAAGCUAGUUGUCUUGUCAUUUCACGGGGUCGCUUGAUUUUGUGAACUCGUUCACACAAACAUGGAUGAAUCCGAAGAAGCGGCGACCCGGGCGGAGAUAACGAACCCCCUUGUUUUCAGUGAACGGGGUCGUGGCUGUCGGAGCAGUCGUGUUUACAUUACAGGAGCAGCUCAGCACCAGCAACAAGCUAACGUAAACGAGGAGACAGAUGCGUCAGAGUCCAUGGACUCUGACGCAGUGGACGUCGGAGACCAAAAGCUUGUUCCUGUAUCUCCUCCUGGACUUUCUGAACACGGAGACGAGGACAAUUUUGUUGCUUCGGAAAAAGAAAUGGAAAAUAAAGAAACGGAACACAAAGAAACUAAAGCAGCCGCGGCCCCUUCUCCUGCGUCUUCACCUUCACCUUCACAGUCGUCCGUCUCUACAAACGAGACAUCCAGAACAGUUUUGGUUCGUGGUGCUGAGCCGGGCAGCACCUCGGAGUCGGGGCAGGAGGCUGCUGAGGUGAAACCUGAGGACGAGUUUGAGAUAAAUGAACACGGUGAUGUUGUGAGGGACGACGGCUUAGAGCAAAGCACGGCAGGACCAGAUGUGAAAGAGGACACGGAUAUGGACGAGACUUCGGAUUUCAAAGAGGAGACGACAAACACGGACAUCGACUCUAAGGAGGUCAUCGACACGCAGCAGCAGCAGGAGGAGGAGGAGGAGUCACACGUCUGUAAACCGAAGGUCUCCACAGCCGACGACCUGGACGAAAUGAUGGACAUCGGCACGGUGGAUCAGUCGGAACAGGAAGCUCAGAUGAAAGAGGAGGAGCAACAGAAUAGUUUGGAAAGCAGCCGCUCUCCUUGGACUUCGACUACAGUCUCCGUAGCCGAGGAGGAUGAGGAAACGGACGUGAAACCCACUAUUUUGCCGCCACCACCUCCUGUGGAGGAGCAAGCGGAGGACGUGAAAGUGUCUCUGGACACGAUGCAGUGCAGCUCGUCUCCGUCGUCUGUUGCCACAGUCAGUACAGAAAGAGACAGCUCAUCGCCAGCGAUGAACGGGAUGAAGGUAGUUAAGCUUCCGCUACCAAGAGUAACCACUGAGGCUAAUCCGUCGACACAGUCGUCUCCUUCUCCACCUUUGGUUAAGGUGAAGGACGAGCCCGUAGACGAGGAGUACGACCAGGCCCUGGUGUCUUCUACAGCGAGCGUGAAGGAUGAGCCGGACACUGCCAUGGAGGACCUGAGGAUCGAGUCAGUCUUCUCUGUGACGCCGACCGUCGAAGCGAAGAAGCUGCCCACCGUAUACCCGUCGUCCGCGCACAUGUCCUGCUCCUACUGCAAGAAGAGCCUGAUGAAGGGACAGACGGCUUUCCAGAGGAAAGGCUCCCCGGCGCUCUUCUGCUCCACCGCCUGCCUCACCGUCUCUCUGUCGGCCCUCAGAGGAGCCACGAAGAUCUGCUGCCACUGCCAGAAAGUGAUACUCCGACCUCAGGACGUCAUCCUGGCCCCGGAUGAGAAAGGAGCCAUGAAGGAAUUCUGCAGCCAAAACUGUUUGACCUCCUUCAACUACAAGAAGAAUCCCUCCAGCUACAGGAAGACAGACGCUGCUGCGGCAAAACAACCACCGUUGCACGGACCGCCCUCGCUCUGCAGCAUGUGCACCAGAUACUGCAUCAGCAAACACGAGGUGAUCCUGAGCGGCGCCGUCCACAAGAUGUGCAGCGACGCCUGCUUCAACCGCUUCCGCACGCUGAACAACCUGUCCAUGGCCUGCUGCGCCGACUGCGGCUCCUACUGCCACACCAAGCCGCUCAUGCUGAAGACGGAGGACGGCAGCAAGACUGUGUGCAACUCCGAGUGUCUGGCCAAGUACAAAGAGAAAUCCAAGAUACAUCAGCCUUGUCUGAUGUGUCGAACGACCCGUUUGCUGGCGGAGACGAUCGACAACAGAAACAGCGACGACUCUGUGAACUUCUUCUGCAGCAGCAGCUGCGUGAUGGCGUUCAAGGUUCAAACUGUCAGCGCCUCAGGUGCUCGGCUGGAUUGUGAUAGCUGUGGGAAAAACACUGUGCCGGCGUAUCACCUGGCCAUGUCGGACACCUCCAUCAGGAACUUCUGCACGCUGCCAUGCGUCAUGGUUUUUCAGGAGAAGUUCAAGAAGUCCCAGAAGCAGGUGAACGUUUUCACCAAGUUGCCGAUUGGAUCCACACAAAUCCAGCAGGUGGCUCCUCCUGCGCCUCAGCAGGACGUCGGCAGAGGGCCGUUGAAACUGGACUGCUCCCAGUGCAACCGCAGCAUAACCUUCAAACCUGAGCUCGUCCAGAUCCAGGACAAGGUGGUGUUCCUGUGUAGCGUGGACUGUGCGCACGAGUUCAAGAAGGCCAACUACGUGACGAGCCUGUGCGAAUACUGUAAGAUCGAGAAGAUCACCAGAGACGCCAAGAGAAUCGACAACAAAGACUGCUACUUCUGCAGCGACGGUUGUAAGCUCCUCUUCAGACACGACCUGACUAAAAACUGGGGCAAACACUGUCACUCCUGUGUUUACUGCCACUGCGUCUCAAAGAAGCUGGUGACGGCCCAGUACGGAGGCACCACGGAGGAGUUCUGCUCCGAGGACUGCCGGUCCAAAUACACCAUGCUCUUCUGUCACGUCGCCAAGUGCGACACCUGCGGGUGCAAAGGGAAACUGAGGCAGACUCUUCCCCUUCUGGGGUCGGUGAAACACUUCUGUGAUCUGAGUUGUCUGCUACAGUUCUGCAGCCUGACGGUUUCCACGCAGGGCGAAGUCUUCAAAGGUACAAGCGAGGUCACACCCGUCAUCGGCAACGUCAUCUCACUCGCAGGCCCUCCGAUGGUCAAACCCAUCACUACUGACAGAUCUGCCCAACAAAGCACCAAGACCUUUGGACAUAUCAGUGUUCAGACCGACACUAUUAAAGCUCCUCCUCCUCCUGCCCCCAAAAUCCUGAAGAACAAGGCUCUUCUCUGUCGACCGCUGGUGCAGAACAAAGGAGUUUCCUGUAAAGCGCAGACGGCCGACGCCGAAGUACAAACCGAUGAUGCUUUCCCAAAAAUGAUGAUCCUGCCUGUCCCAGUGCCGGUGUAUGUUCCUGUACCCAUGAACAUGUACAGCCAGUGUACCCCCCGACCCGUGGGCCUGCCAGUACCGCUGCCCGUGCCCAUGUUCCUCCCCGUGACGAUGAACAGCGCCGAGCGCAUCGUGGAGACCAUCCAGGAGAUCAAGGCGAAGAUCCCGUCCGAUCCCUUCGAGGCCGAGCUCAUCCUCAUGGCGGAGAUGGUGGCCGAACAAGAUGAGAAGAACAACAAGCAGGAGAGGACAAAGGCGAAGGUGGUGGAGAAAAAGACGGAGAGACAUGAAGCGCCUGCCCCAGACGACCACGCCAGUAACUACAGUGACGACUUGGACACAGACGACUUGGCCAGUUUCCUCAACAACUGGGAGGACGCGUCCUCCGACGCAGGCCUCAGGUCGCCGAGUCGACUCUACGCGCCGGAGAAGCUCAACCCGGUCGCAGACGCUCCCGCGGGCAUGCCUUUCUCUGAGCCCCUGCCUCCUGCUCCGCCUCCCAUGGACGUCGAAGCUGACUUCUCUGUUGAAACACUGGAGAGCAUGGCCCGGCUGAGAGAGCAGUCCCCUCAGGCUCCGAGCCCGCCGCCCGCAGCUCCACGACGACGGCAAAGUCACAGGAAAGCCAGAGAAAAGAGGGGUCGUAAGUCGCAGCGGUCGUCGAAGGCAGCUCAGGCGGCGUCUCAGAGAGCCUCCUCCGACGUGGCCGUGGCCGUAGAAUUGCCAAAACUGAAGAGUCAGUAUGGAGUUGACGCCUGGAAGCGAUGGAUCCAGUGGAGGGAAACUCAGCCCAACCUGGAGAAGCCACGCUUCGGUUCGCGUCCCAUCGAGUUAAAGGAGGACGUUCUCCAGUGCACCACCGCCGAGCUGAGCUACGGACUCUGCUGCUUCAUCAAUGAAGUGAAACGACCAAACGGAGAACUGUACUCACCCGACAGCCUGUUCUACCUCUGUCUCGGCAUCCAAAAGUACCUGUUCGAGAAAGGUCGAGUGGAGAAUAUCUUCAUGGAUCGCUUCUACAACAAGUUCUCCACCGACUUCACCACAAUGCUGAGAAGUUUCAAACCCUCCAUCACUACCAGUGGUUACGUCCACUCCCGCGUGGAGGAGGAGUUCCUCUGGGACUGUAAACAGCUGGGGGCGUACUCCCCCAUCGUCCUCCUCAACACGCUCAUCUUCUUCUGCUGCAAGUACUUCGGCUUCACCACGGCGGAGCAGCACCGGCAGCUGUCCUUCGCCCACGUGAUGCGCUGCACCAAAACCAACCCGGACAGCACCAAGACCACCUUCCUGCGCUUCUACCCGCCCAUAUCCGUAACUGAAGCGGAGCAAGCAGACCCAGAGGUUCCGGCCAAGAAGCGUAAGGAGGAGGAGAGUAAAGAGGAAAUCCUGGAGAUGACCGAGAACACGGAGAACCCGCUCCGCUGUCCGGUUCGACUCUACGAGUUCUACCUCUCCAAGUGCUCGGAGUCAGUCAAGCAGCGCACCAACCUGUUCUACCUUCUGCCGGAGCGCUGCUGCGUCCCCAACAGCCCCCUGUGGUUCUCCUCCGCCGACCUGGAUGAUGGCACCCUGGAUGCAAUGCUCAUCCGCAUCCUCACUGUCCGAGAGCUGCAUCUCAAGAAGAGGAAAGGGGAAGAGACUGAGCAGACGACACCCAGCGACCCACCGUUUAUACCCGAGGAGGAGGAGGAGGAGGAGGAGGAGGAGGAUGGGGAUUCAGAGUGACGAAGAGCAAGCAGAGAUUCAGAACAGAAGAACAGAAGUGACCUUUUUACUGCUGUAACAAUUUGUGGUGUAAAUUGUUGUAGAUUGAACUGAAAUGUUCAUUUACACUUGGUCCAAUUAACAUAAACGGACAGUGUUAAUCUCACAUACUACAUACAGGGAGAGUCAUACUCUGUGAAUCACACGUUGAUCAUGAUUUAUAGAUAUUCAAACACAGCUUUUUGUGAAGCUGGGACCUGGAAAUGGAAGCUCUCUCAAAGUUUACUACUGCUCAGCAGGACACAAACACUGAACCACUGUGUGUCUGUUAACUUCUGGUUGCUUAUCACGGAUAAUGCCACUUAAAUUUCAAAACGGACAAAUAUUUAUUCUGGAUGAGGGACGGAGCUGGACAACGAAAAACUUCCGAUUUUUUUGUUGGUGUUCGUAGUAAACAUCGGCACCAGAAGACAAACUGAAAUCAACUCUGAUGUAGAUGUAAGUCACCAAUUUUCCUUUCGUGUGUCAAAGCCACAGUACAGUUUGAUUUCACGCAAUCCAACAAAGCGGUGAUUCCCCCACCCCCAUUAUCCAUCAACAAGCAAAUCCAUAAAAACUUCACUCGACAUUUUUGCCCAGUUGUUCCUAAGAUUAUUGAUAUUUUUUAUUUUGUAACAUCUCAUGCGUUUUUUUUUCUCCAGAGGCUUUGCCAACCUUCCAUGAUAUUAUGCUGAAGAUGGAUUUGCACAUAAAGCCGUUUAUUCAUAUCCGUGUCCCUUCAGAUAAUUGUUAUUUUUGUGAGUGAUUUUUUUCUUUUCAUGUUAAACGAAAAAGAAAAACAAAUGUUUUCCUUUCACCUCAUCGACUGUAUAGAAGCGGACAUUUUGAUCACCAGCGUUCAGUUGGUGGGACUAAAAAUAAGGUUUGGAUUGAUCCGAGUACAUUUAAAGAAAUCAUGUGAAUGUAGCAUACGUCUCUAGUGUUUGGAAAGAAAUGCACACUUGUACCUUUUCAGUGAACUGAACACACUAUUCGUUCAUCCUACUUCAUCCACAGCAACCUCUUGAGACACUGACUUUUUGCAUAACCGCGAAAGAGCCUGAAAUUACUGUAUAUAAAAAAUAAAGAAAAGAAAUACUGUUCCUUCAUGUAUAUCUUGGUUAUAUUAACCCCCAGUCUGAAGAGUAAGGCGACCAAGGUCCUCCUGAGUAUUUUCUAUUGUACUGUAUGUUCUUUUUAAAAUAAAUUUAAAAAAAAUAUAUUUCAAA